AAGUUGUGUCACGCACUGGCCGCUUCUUACCCAAGACCUUCUGACCAUUGUCGAGGUUAAACGCCUGACGCCGAUAGCCACCGCCAGCGACGCAGUGAGCCAAAUUACGAUUCGGACGUGUGUCUAUACUUUUUGGCCGAUAAUUAAAGGUUUCUAUCAGAGUGUUUUGACGACCGGGCCAUUCGGAAGUGAGCCAAAGUGAAAGCAAAGGCACGACCAAAGUGAAGUGAUAAUUGGCGCUAGACGACCGCGUGCGUGUGUGUGGUUAUUAUGGGCGGCUAGCACAAGUGCCCGGCUCCGUCUGGAAUAAACCAACCAAACACAGUGUUCAACCGGUGCUCACCGAACGAAGAACCGGGUCACCAAUAAGCAUCGUUUAGUAAGGUGGUUUAAUUGUGAGUCCAAAAACUGUAAACUCGUUCGAGAGACCAGUGUGUGGAGCUGUUACGAUCGUCGUCAGUGAGUGAGUCAAAUUAAUUGAUUAAAAACGGGUGACCGUUUCGGGUGUAACCCCUAACGAUGGCACUGGGACGAAGGUUGAUCGCGCUGGUGCUAGCGAUUGGGUGUGCACUGGGGCAGCAAGCGAACGGCGACGGUCUGCAGCCGCUGGACGCACUGAGCCCGCCGACACCCUCGGUACCGAUCGCGCCGGGCGAAAAGCAGUUCCGGGUGGUGUACGAGUGGAAUGUGCUCGAUUUUGCCUUCACGAACGAGGAUGAACGAGCGCAGGCCCUGUACAGCGGACACUACAUCCCGAAGAACGUGCUCAUCUCCGACUGUAAGCCGUUUGCGAACCGACUCUAUCUGACGAUUCCGCGCAUGCUGCCAGGAGUGCCGGCCACGCUUGGGUACGUGGUGCGGCCGGAAAACAAUGGCCGUACCGAUCCGGAGAUUGUGCCGUUCCCGUCGUGGGAGAUGAACGAGCGGGGCAACUGUUCGGCGCUACAGUUCGUGCAGGGUGUGGCGGUGGACAAGCAUGGCAUCAUGUGGGUCGUCGAUUCGGGACGUACCGAGACCCUGACGCGUGGUAAAGAUCAUGUCGUCUGUCCACCGAAGAUCCUGUUGCUGGACCUCAAGCGCAACGGCAGCAUCGUUCUGCGCUAUCAGUUCCCCGAGUCGGUAGUGCCGGCCGGUAACAACUACCUCAACAAGAUCGUGGUAGACGACGCGUUCGGAGGGUUUGCCUACAUCACCGACAACAGUGGUGCCGAUCCAGGGAUAGUGGUGUUCUCGCGCCGACUCCUCAAAUCGUGGAAGGUGCGGGAGAACAACUCGAUGCGUGCCGCUCGCAAUGCGGUCCGCUUCGCCGUCAACGGCACCGAGCUUAACUUCUCGAUCCACAUCGACAGUAUCGCGCUGGGCCCGUACUACAACCCCAACAUUUCUCCGGACCAACCGGUGUCCGAUGCGCUUGUAAACACGCAGAACUACGAGCGUAACGUGUACUACAGCCCGCUGUCCAGCUAUCACGUGUACUCGCUCCCAGCAUCCCUGCUGCGUGACCCGGAGUUUAACGCCCGUGCGACCCCUCGCGACAUACUCGAAGCCGUCGUCGACUACGGCCAGAAGCAGUCGCAAACGGACGGCAUGUUUAUGGACAACCAGGGUGUGCUGUACUUCGGGCUGCUCGGCGAGCAUGCCAUCGCCAAGUGGGACAGCUACAAACCGUUCACGGCGAAGAACCAGCAGAUCAUCGCGAAGGACGCCACCUACAUCCAGUGGGUGGACAGCAUGGGCAUCGACCACGAAGGCUACCUGUACGUGGUGGUUAACCGGCUGCACAACUUUGUCGCCGGCCGGCUGAACCCGCUCGAGGUGAACUUCCGCAUACUGCGUGCGAAAACGGGCGCACUGAGCUACGUCUACACGCCGGACAACUUGUUCAACAGCGACGGCAAGUUCCUGUACUCGGGUGCGUCCGGCGAACCGUUCGCGGACAAUGGGCUGGUUUACCAGUACGAGGGUACUACGCCGGCCUCGAGCCGGUUGGCGGCCGCCGGCAUACUGGGUGCCAGUGGGGCCGCGGUAAAGACAUCCUUCGUCGGAUUUAUUGGCGCCCUUGUCCUGGGCGGCGUCGUGACUAGCAUGAUGGGCCGGUGGAGUGUUGUUUGAUGCGAUAUCGCGUACGCUCCACGAUCCACGUUGACAUCAUCGUUCGCUGGGACGAGUUGAGACAGUCAGAUAUGGAAAAGCAACCUCCCUCCUCCACACUCCUAGACCCCCCCCCCCCCCCCACAUCCAAUCCCCGUUACCAGAGUACUUCCGUAUCAGUAUUUGUAUAUAGUUGAGGUUUAAGUGUAAAUAAGCGAAGCGUGUUCGCUGCUAGCGCCAGCGUUCUUGGAUUUCAUGUUGACUUUUAACGAGGAUACGCUUCGCGCAAUAAAAAUGGUUAUUUUUUUACGACACCUGUC